GUCAGCAGCAUCCGGGACCUUCGUCUGCCUCGACAUUUCUAUUUUUGCGUCAGUUGGGAAUUUUGUGUGCUUUACUUUGUUGUGUCUUUUAGUGAUGGUUCGUGUGUAGUCCUUGUAAACCUGCACGAGGUUUCUGUACAGUGUAUAUAGCCGACUCAAGAGCCCUCCCUGUAAAUACGAAGCAGCAUUCUCGCGUCAGACAUUUAAUUUCAACACGGAGCGAAGACCGUUGCCUGCGGACAGAGCUACUACGACUGCGAGCUUCUUGUACGGCGCUGCGAGGACAUGGCCAUGGUUCAGCGUGACGGCAGCGGCGAAGAAGCUUUGAACAACGGUGACGGCAAGGAAGAAGUGGCGGAGGAGGAGGAAAAUUGCGUGGAAACUGCGGAGUCAUGUGCUGCGACAACCGAGACUCCAGCUGCGGUGACGGAGGAAGGUGACAGCAGCAGCAGCAGUAGCAGCUCUGGGGACAGCAAGUCUGGAACGGGCGAGGAAGCCUCGGCAGAACCCGAUGAAAACGGUGCUGCCAAGGAGGCCUGCCCACCACGGCACCAGUACUCCAAGGCGGAGCUGCUCAAGCUGCGAAAUGGUGACCACAAGCGGCCCGACUGCUUGGAUCCGGCCUACAAUAACUUGUCCGGCAUGUGGGACCCCGAGCGGUGGUUUUCGGGCAAGCGACGAGGCGGGUCUGUGUCCCCCACCGAAGAGACUGCCGCGCCCUCGGCGGGCGGCACUGCUCCCCCCCCUUCGUCGUCGGCGGGAGGAGGGCAGCAGCGCAGCAAGCGGGAGCGGCUGGACUCCGAGGGGGGAGAGCCCAGUGGCAGCUUGGGGGGGGCCCCCAAGCGUCGGAGCAGCACAGACCCCAAGGAGCGGCUGGCACGGGAGGAGCGCGAUGACCUGGUGCUGAGCCCCCAGCGGCGCAGCUUCGGCACGGGCUGCCACGUCAGCCAGCCGCCCCGGCCGUCCUCGGAGGCCGGCUCCAAGGACGACUCGCAGGGGCUACUUCAUAGGGAGCCCCCCAGCCGGCGCAUAGGUAGUGGUCGAAUCCUACGAGACCAGCGGGACUGGGAUCGUGAGAACAGAGACCGCGAGUACGGCUAUGGAGGGCGGCGGUUUGACGACUCCAGCCACUCAAGUGGUGGCGGGGGUGGCCAUUCCAACCGCUAUGGUGACCGGCGAAGAGGUCGUGACGAACGCAUUGAGGAAGAGGAGGAGCCCGAAUGGUUUGUGGGUGGCCCGACCAGCCAGCACGACACCAUUGAGCUGGUGGGCUUCGAGGAGGACCCCGACGCCGGCAGCCGGCCCACUCGUGGCACUUCGUCUUCGUCAGCCCGGCGCAUGCGGCGCAACCGUGAGCUCGCCAACCGCAAGCAGCAGAACGGCCCCGAGCGCCGUUCUCCCGAUCAGGACGGCAGUAAACAGGACCAGCAACACCAGCAGCAGACAGGCGCAACAUCGUCGUCCAAGUGUUCUACUGCUGGAACAACCACCACCACCACCAACUCCGUGCCUGCUGUUGCAGUAUCUGCAGCAUCUACACUCAAGAGAAACGACAGCCGAGAGUCUUCGAGCACAAGCACGAAUUGUACCACCGACAUGAGCAAGUCGUCGAGCGAUGGGCCUGGAGAGACGUCGACGCCACUGAUGUCGAGUCCCACUCUGCCCGACAGUGUCGGCGCUGCACCGCCAGCCCUGCCCACUCAGGAUGGCUUCGAUUUCAACGACAUCUUCAAGCCUGACUGGUGUCCUCGGUUUCUUUCGGAGGACGCUCUGGGCGACGGAGACGCCGGCCCGAGUGGGGGCAGCCGCUUCUCGCAGUGGUUUCGACGCGAGAGUCCGCCUCUAGACCAGCAGCUGGUGCCUCCCCUGGACAGCGGCCUGCUGGCUGCCCUCAGUGGGAAGGCCGACGACGGUAUGGACCACCACCACCACCACCGCCGCCACCAUCACCCGUCGAUGCAGCGUCAGGAGAACGACCUGGCCUCGCGCAUCCUCGCUUCAGCUGGUGUAACCAGCAGUGAUGGCAUGCUGCGGGUGCCCACACCGGACUCUUACUUCACGCCCAUCAGCCCUGCCUUGCCACCGGACCGCAUGUCUCCAUCGCCUCCCAUUCGUGACGGUGCUUCCAAGAACAUCCUGGACAUCCUCAUGGAUGCCAACAUCAAUGUUGAGGCCCACAUGCUCAACGGUGAUGCUGCAAAGACUGCCCAGCUACGGGAGCACGCCUUGUCUGGCAAGGCCAAGAGCGUGGAAGAACUGGAAGCAGACCUUAAACAGGUGGUUCUUGGCGGCCACAACAGGGCCGUUCAGCAACACCACCACCACCAUCACCACCACCACGAGCAGCAGCAGCAGCAGCAGUCUCAGCAGCUUCACCACCCAAUGGGGAUAGUGCCAACUCUCAACCUGCCCCAGCAGCAGGAUCAGCAGCACCUGCAGGGCCUGCUGAGCAAGCUGGGGGCACACCCGGGGGCCCACGGAGGCCCACUGGUGGUGCCCCCGUCUUUGCCCGAGAGGGCCCUUCAGGAAGAAGACCUACUAAGGGCCGCUGGCCAGGCACCACUACCACAACCCAUGCAGCAUCACGGCAUGGUUCGUGGCAGUGGUGGGGACGGCGUGCAACAGCCACCCCCAGGUCUGCUGUCGCAGCUGCUACGUCCACCUGCUGCUGCCGGCAAGGGCCCAGUCAUGGCCCCCCAGCAGCAGCAAGGUGGCCAGGACGUGCUUGUGAAGAUCUUGGCCGGAAUGGGGCCAGUGUCGCCGGGACUGCAGCCGCCCCCGAUGGCAACCCACCAGCCCCUGAGCCCCACGGCCCAGUUGCUUGCUGCUCGGCACGACCCCAUGGCUGCCGCAGCGGCGGCUGCCAUGCUUCGGCAGCAACAGCAGCAGGAGAUGCUGAACAGCCUGCUGAAGCCACCAGCACCACCUGUGGUGACCACCCAGCGGCCAUCGCCCACUCAGCAGCUGGGGCUGCUGGCCCCAUGCCCGUCACCCUUGCCAGGUGGCCCACAGGAUCCUCGCAGAGUGCCCUCCCCACUUGUGUUUGGCCAGCACCCGUCGCCCAUCCCUCCUGUGGCAGGGCCCACGCCUGGUGCCCCAGUGCAGUCUUCAAACACUCUGCAAGUCCAUAGCGGAGGCCUGCGUCCUCGUGUGCCAUCCCCGCAAGAGCUGGCGGUGCACACGCAGUCCAUCCUGCAGACAGCCCUGCUCAAGAAGAUCCUUGAGGACCAAAAGCAGAAGGAGAACCUGCGCAAGCAACAGGAGGCCCAGAGGACUCGUUCGCCGACCACAACACAAGGCUCUACCGUGAACAGGGGAUCAUCGCCAUCCAAGGGCCUGAGUCCCACAAUGGCUGCAUUCACGCCAACAUCAGUGAUGCGCAAAAUGCACAUGGAGCGCCAAGACCCGAAAGCCUCUGACAAAGGUGGCUCCAAAGCCAAUGGGGAUGCCACACCAAGCGAUGGCACAAGUAGACAGCAGCAACAGCAACAACAGCAGCAACAGCAGCAGCAGCAGCAUCGAAUGAACAAUGGCACGGUGCCUCGGGCUCCCACCAUGGGCAGGGCCAUCAUAAAGGGCAACCAGGCUGCCCAGCCAUCAACUUCGUCUGACGCAAAGAACCCCAAGCAGAUUCAGCAGCAUCCACCUCAGCAACAGGCUGCGGGCAGCCUUAUGCGAGGUGGCGGAGAGGUGGACAUGAUGGCCAAGCUGUUUGAGCACCAGCGCCUUCUCCAGCAGCAGCAGCAGAGGGCACCACCGGGUGUGCUGGGCAUGGUCAGGCAGCAGCAGCAGGGGCACCCUGCCAUCAAGCUGCCAGGCAUGAUGAGGACUGCGGGAGGCAUGGCUGCUGCUCCACCGGCAGCUCCCCCACCGGCCGCCAUGGCUGCGUCCCGUGCCCACCACGCAGGCGGAAUGAAAGGCGUGGCUGGCGGCAGUGGGCGUGGCCCCUCGGUUGAGAUGCUGCAGCAGGCCCUGGCCCAGGGUCUCCACCCACUGGCAUUCCAGCAGUUCCUGCUCGGGGGUGCCGCUGCCCCUCCGGCUGUGGGACCUUCUCCCUUUGCACCGGCCUUGCACCCUUCCCCAGCGCACACCUUCGUGCCCAAUGCCGCAGGACAGCGCGAUGUCAAGGGUCCUGGCAUGGUGCCCGGUGGACUCCCCGGUCGCGGGCCCGCUGUGCCAGCGGCGGCGGCUGCGGCGGCAGCCGCCGCUGCAGCCGGGGUGCCUCCCGCCAAUCUGGCCAAGUGGUUCGGCAGUGACGUGCUCUACCAGCCCACCUUGCCCCCCGUGCCUCACCAGAAGGCCCUGCUCGUCGAGGAGGUUGAGCGACAGCAGCAGCAGGCCACGGCCGUCAAGAAUUGAGCAACGAUCGCCACCUGUCCACCGCAGUUUCUCUCGUCCGGAACGUUUUUUGUGCCGGCCGUCGUCUCCUCUUCACAAUGGCCCGUGCACUCGUCGCGGCAGACGACACACUUUUCUGCCCAUCGUUGACCCUUCCGGAGGACGUCUGAAGAUGUAGGGGGGUGGCUCUUUGGUGGCCCUGUUGGCUCUGACCCCCUUCCCCUCUUUAGUCAGAGCACCCUCCACCUGCCCCCUUUGCAUCACGUGACCCGGUGCCACUUAGGAGACAGAUGCUGUGGAACAUAAGAGGGGGCAGUCCUUUCUUCGAUAUAAUUUUAUUUUUUGUUCUUGCGGUGACUCGUGUAUGUGUUCAACAUGGUCGGGGUGAAAGGUGGUUUGAGUGCAGCAGCACUGUUCUUGAAGUGUACUACCACUUGCGCACUUUUUCCCUUCAGGCGCUGUUGAUGACGAUGGUGGGAUACGAAGGUACGACUGACACGUGCGUCGUGCGAGGAGCUUACGGAAGAUGUUUUGCGUGGGACAGUACCCCCCCCCCCCCCCCCCCCCCCCCCCCCGCCCACUCUUCUUCGUCAUUGUAUUGGCUUACUUUCGUUGUUCAGCUUGUUUGCACACUACAAAAGGCUAGUUUCGUAGAAGCGGUGUUCCAAGGAGAACACGCGGGAAAAAGUGCGCACAGUCCGCAUUGCUUUGCAACUUUUUGUGGUCUCUAAAUAUUCCUGUCUGCAUUCUAGGGAGUGUCUUGUGUGCUUCCUGUUUUAUUGUGGAGAGUACCUUAAUUUAAUUUAUUGCUUCUUCAGAGUUUGGCUUCUUUCUUUGAAAUUUGGUCAUUUAAGUUUUUUUUUUUUUCUGCGGCUGAAGUACAAAGUGAGGGGAAAAAAGUGGCUGCGUUUAUUUCUUAUUUGCAUACUGUUCUUUCGUAUGCUGUCCCUCAUGACCAUCCGGUGGUUUUCUCCUCCCAUGCGUGUCGCGAGUCUUGUUACCUUGGUGGUAUCGGCGGCACAGUGUCUGCCGAGCCUUGUUCGUUUGAGGAAGAGGAAGACUUCACUUUGGCUGUGCAGGUCGGUGCAGCUUGUGUGCGUGUCUCUGUGUGAGCGUCUGUCUUGCGUAGGCUCGUAGUCGUGUCCCGUGCCGUUCUGUUGGUGUGUGUGUUCUAGUUUCGUGCAUUAAUAGGGAUACUGUAGGAAACAUGGCACCUUGCUGUUCUUGUUUGUCAUUUGCAUUGUACGCAUUCAAAGUGCAGCGUCUCGUUUGAAGUGCUUCUUUUUCAUUUGCUUCGUGCUAGCAUAUUUGCUUGUUCUACCCACUUUUCUUUCUACGUGCAAAGUUGUCGACGUAAUCUUCCACGUCGUUCGUAUCUUUGUGUACGCGUUAACAUUCGUGCCCUCUGUGCAACCGUACGGUUUUGUUCAUUGUACGUACGAGUUUAGCUUACAAAGUCCACUUCUUCUUACGCAUUGUACCGUAGCUCUUGAAAGGCUCGGCUAGUUGCAUACAUGCGAUAGAAGUCCCAGGUUUUAUAUUUCCCACUCGUUUGUGUAUAUUAAGCUAUCUUUUCGUUGACUGUCCAGGCUCCCACUCUAUUGAGUGGUUACCCGAGAGCCUCAAGGGAUGCAGGCGCUUGUUUACGCAGAGUGGCUGGAAAAGUGGCAUAAAAUGAGGGUGCCCACACCCUUUUAGUUGCAGCGUUGCUCGACAUUGAUCAGUGACAAUCUGCCUGCUUCCCUUUCAGUGCAUGUCAUUAGCUCGCUUACUUUUGUAGCAUUUUUCUCGUUCGAAGGUGCUUGACCGGACAGUCCUUGCGUUUUACUUUUCGUGUUUUUUUUUAAGUACCUCUUGUAACUGUCUUUACACUAGGCUCUCGAUGCUGGCACUUGCCUUCGCCUGUCGUUGCUCGUCGUUAGCCCGUGCUGUAUCUGAAAGUACUGCCGCAUCUCGCAUCCGAUUAAUGGCUGUUGUUGCCUAAGCCACUGCAUCGUUUUUUUUUUCCUGCGAAAGGCCACCACCACACCGCCGUGUGUUUGCCGUCGGCAAAUUGUAGCACCGGGUGCUGAAAGUCAUUUACCACUGUCACGCGUGGGCUACGGGCACUACAACUAACGGCUGCGCCAUUUUUCCUUCCUCACUGACGUUUCUUCGUUCCACUGACGUCAAAAACAUGCAGCUGGUUCUGCUUCUUCUUUUUUCAAUCUAUUUUGACCGUAAAUGUGUUUCAAGUUUUGUGUGGUUUCCUUUACAUUUUUGUUCGGGUCCCUCGUGCGAUAUUGUGACGUCCUUGUUUAGUCCGGAUGGGGAUGAAAAACAAGAGCUUUGAAAAGUAAACAAAAAAAAAACGAAAAACUUUUCUCAAAAGAAGUGACGUAAACUUGUCUGAGAAAAAAAGUAAAAAUGAAAGUCUGUGAUAGUCAUUUCAGCUCUUUAUGCCCUAUUUUUUUUUUUACGGUUGUGUGCAGCCGUUGUUUUUUCCGUAUUUUAUUUUUCCCGGUCUUGUGUGCCCUGCAAGCCUCUUGUGCCCGGAUGUUGUUCUGGUCAUCAUUCUGUAAACUGUGUUGUCCCUAUCUACUAGUGUGUAUGUUUGUGUGUGU